CACCACCGACUCUAUAUCCCCCUGACCACUCCGGCUAAGCGCUCUGCUCCUGCUCGACGGAGUAUUCGGCCCUCAAAAUAGCAGAUUGACAAGGCGCCACCAGGAGUACCCCGCCCGCCAUGGCCCAUCAAGAGCCCAUGACGGCGGACGAGCUGCUCAAGCACCCGGAAUACGACCACACCGUCUGGGACCUCAAGCCCGCGAAGAAGGGCAGGCUCGCCGUCGCCCAGGGCAGAGGCGGGCCUCUACACAUUGCAUACGAGGUCCACGGCCAUGGAAACCGCCAUCUCGUGUGGAUAAUGGGCCUAGGCGGCAUGAAGUAUGCGUGGCAGCGCCAAACAAAGGACUUUGCCCAUACACAACCCGACCAAUAUUCAUCGCUGGUGCUCGAUAACCGCGGCAUCGGCGAAUCAGACAAGCCGCUGUUUAGAUACUCCACGUCCGAGAUGGCAAAGGACGUCCUCGAACUAGUCGACCACCUGGGGUGGACCGGCAAGCGCGAAUUGCACAUCAUCGGCAUUAGCAUGGGAGGCAUGAUUGCCCAGGAGCUGGGCUUCAUCGAAAACCUGCGCAACCGCGCCAACCUCUUCCUCCCCAAAUCCAUCGACCGCCAAAUCACAAACGUAAAGCACAACCUCUACACCCCCACCUGGCUCUCGCAGCCCGACGCCCUCGAGCACGUCGUCCAGCCCUUCCCCACCAACGGCGACCGCUUCGCCGCCAACGAGCUGUGGAAGCGCUCGCACCCAGACUACUUCCAAAGGCCCGGCUUCAUCCUGCAAGCCAUUGCCGCCGCCUGGCACUACAAAUCCUCGGCGGACCUGCAGAAGCUGGCGCACACCGUGGGUAAGAAGAGGAUUAUGGUGGUGCAUGGCACGCAGGAUCGCAUGAUUACGUUUCCGCACAGCGUAGUGCUGUGGAGGGGCCUGGAGAAGGGCGAGGGCAAGACGGGCAGGGAGAAUUGGUUGGGGAUUGAGGAGGAGCCGGAUGUGUGGGAGGAGGGGGAGAUCGAGAAGCGCUUUGUCAAGGGGCAGGCGCAUGUCCUCCCUAUUGAGAUGAGGAGGGAGUUUCAUGGGUGGGUGGAAAAUCUUAUCAAGAGGGGUGUGGAGUUGAAUGAACGGGAGGGCGUGGCGGAUAGCUCGACUUGAGUGCGGUCGUUAGAGGGGAGCCCAGAGUCUUUUAUGUUCCUCGGCGUCGAAAAAAGCCAUAAUAUCAGCCUCAAAGAAACCAACGAUUACCCCUGAACCCGCUCUCACCCUGCUCCUUGUCGCAUGUGACCAUCUCUCCCUCCCUAUCACCCCCAACACGCAGAGGCCGCAGCAUACCACCCUUUAUCUCCGCAUCGUCGGACUCCAAGCC